UCCGGGUGCUAGGUGGCAAACCACGUUUUGCAGAUCCCCCUGUCCGGAAAAAGCACUUCGUAGUUGUGAGGCGGUUUCUUAGCAGAGUAGUGCGCCGCCUUUAUUCUCACCUCCAUGUCCUAAAAGUGAGAGAACGUGUAUACUUGCAACUCACACCAGGCUAAAUAAGCUAAAGGAGCUUCAAUUCUGCACACGAUGCAUCGUUCUUGUGACAUCACAAUUCUUGGCGCUGUCAAUUGCUCUUCACUUUGAGGGAGUAACCAUGAGUAUUUGCCAAGUCUGUGCUGAAAAAUUGGCAAAUGGUCUUCAUGGCCAACACUAGGAUCUGUUAUUAUAGUAUAAAGAGGAUUCAUUCUUGAUCAUCUUCAAGCAUUGGUCAUUCACUGCCUGUGAAAUCACAUGGAAAGUAUAGACAGAGGCAACUCAAUAUAUCUACAGUAUAAAAGUAGAGAUGCACAUAUGAGUGCCCUUUUCAUUGGUGUCCUUAUACCUGUUCUGUUCUUUGCCUUCACAAACAUGAAAAAUAGGAAACGUGGUGAGCGUGUUGAAGUUGGUGGAGAACCUGGUUAUGCAAUUCGCAACAGUAAAUUUCCUGCCCUGUUAGAAAUACCUUUUGAAGGUGCUUCAACUAUUGCAGCUCUAUUUGAACAAUCAUGUAAAAGUCAUGAACAUUCACGGUUGUUAGGUACAAGAAAACUCAUUAAUAGACAAAAGGAAGUUGGUGAAGAUGGAAGGCCUUGUGAAAAAUUACAUCUGGGUGAUUAUGAGUGGAUAACCUAUGGUACUGCAUUUAAGUGUGCAUGCAACUUUGCAUCAGGGUUAAUGGAACUAGGUCAUACAACAGGACAGCGAAUUGCUAUUUUUGCCGAAACCCGAGCAGAGUGGCUAAUUGCCUUGCAGGGGUGCUUCCGAUGCAACAUCCCUGUGGUUAGUAUCUAUCCCUCAUUGGGAGGUGAAUCUCUUGCCCACUCAUUGAAUGAGACAGAAGUGUCAACAAUCAUAUGCGAUCGUAAGCAGAUGCAAAAGCUUAUUGACUUAAGCGGCCAUUUGGGUGCUGUCAAACGCAUUGUCUACAUGGAAGACAAAGGCAUUAUUUCCGAUUCCUAUGUAUCAAGGACUAGUGGCCAUUGGACUGUUUCUUCCUUCUCUGAAGUUGAGAGUCUUGGACGAAGAACUCCACCUAAAUCAAAUUUACCUGUACCAGCUGACAUUGCAGUUAUUAUGUAUACAAGUGGUAGCACAGGAGUGCCAAAGGUAGGUAAAGGAGUCAUGAUGACUCAUGGAAAUGUGGUAGCAACAAUUGCAGCAGUAAGAACAAUUGUACCGGAACUUGGUAGUGAAGACAUAUACUUGGCAUAUUUACCACUAGCACAUAUCCUUGAAUUAGCAGCGGAGUGCACAAUGCUAGCUGCAGGUUGUGCAAUUGGUUAUGGUUCUCCAUCAACAUUAGUAGAUUCAUCAAGCAUGAUCAAGAAGGGAACCAAAGGGGAUGCAUCAAUACUUCGACCUACAUUGAUGACUGCAGUACCGGCGAUAUUAGAUCGUCUUAGAGAUGGUGUAAGGAAAAAAGUUGAAACAAAGAGCAAAAUGUCCAAGAAACUCUUUGAUAUUUCUUACAGGCGUAGUUUGGCAGCUAUUGAAGGAACUUGGCAUGGUGGAUGGGCUCUAGAGAAGUUUCUGUGGGAUAAAGUAGUGUUCAGAAAGAUACGUGCAAUUCUUGGUGGCCAUGUUCGCGGUUUACUAUCGGGUGGAGCUCCUUUAUCUGAAGAUACACAGCGUUUUGUUAAUAUAUGCCUUCGGGCACCAAUUAUGCAAGGAUAUGGUCUGACAGAGACAUGUGCAGGAGCAACAUUUACUGAGUGGGAUGAUUCAACUGUUGGACGUGUUGGUCCUCCACUUCCUAGUUGUUAUGUGAAGCUAAUUAAUUGGGAGGAAGGUGGUUAUAUGGCAAAUGAUUUGCCAAUGGCUGAGGGAGAAAUAGUUAUUGGUGGGGCAAAUGUAACUCUAGGUUAUUUCAAGAGAAAAGCAGAAACUAAUGAAGUUUACAAGAUGGACGAGAGGGGAAUAAGGUGGUUUUAUACUGGUGAUAUAGGGAGGUUUCACCCUGAUGGUUGUCUUGAGAUUAUUGAUCGCAAGAAGGACAUAGUAAAACUUCAACAUGGAGAACGCAUUCCCUUGGGAAAGGUUGAAGCGGCUUUGGUGGCAUGCCAUUAUGUAGAGAAUAUAAUGUUGCAUGCAAAUGAUUGCCAUAGUUACUGUGUGGCCCUAGUAGUUCCAUCCCAAAAUGCUCUUGAAACAUGGGCGCAAAAGGAGAUGCUUAUUUACAAUGAUUUUGAGGAUCUUUGUCAGAAAAAGGAAGCAAUUAGGGAAAUUCAGAUGUCACUUUUGAAGAUUGCACAAGAAGCAAAUCUUAAGAACUUUGAAAUCCCCAAAAAAAUAAAGCUGCUUGCACACCCAUGGACACCUGAUACCAACCUUGUAACAGCGGCGCUGAAAUUGAAGCGAGAGCUCAUAAAGCAGGCCUUUGAAGAAGAACUAAAAGAGCUGUACACUUGAAUAGGAGAUCAAAAGGAGGAAGUUUGUCUGCAUACAAAGAAUUGAGAGUUGAUUGCUACUUGAAUAUUCAUUGAAUCACUUUUCAGAAAGUUUCAUCACUACCCUGCUCCAUGUGUGAUAUCAUCUUUUAUUUAUUUUUAUUUUCUAUCAAUUAUAAGGUGUUCACUGGACACUCAUAAGAAACCAUUUGGGAAAUGAUAUCCCUGUAACCUAGCAAAAUAUGUUUAUGACACAUCAUGGCCCGUAUUGAGCAGGAAGGUCACUGCUACAAAACACUAUUGAUAUGUUGCCUUUAUUGUAUAUACAUUCUUUACGGUAGAAUCCCCACCUAGAAAUCAUGUAAAAAUGGUAAAAGUUUUGAACAUUAGUUGCUUCAUUUUGUGCUCA